AUGUCCCACACAAAGCACGCCGGUACGGUCAAGGUCUCGGUCCCGACCCAAGACCAGAUCCUGGUGCCCGAGACUCUCCUCAAGAAGCGCAAGAGCCAGGAGAAGGAGCGAGAGAGCCGGGCUGCCGACCUUCAGAAGCGUCGUGAGGCCUCCAAGGAGAAGCGCAAGGUUCUCUUCCAACGCGCCGAGAAAUACGUCAAGGAGUACCGCGACCAGGAGCGGGAGACGAUACGGCUGAAGCGCGCGGCGAAGCAGGCGGGCGAGUUCUACGUGCCCGCUGAGAACCGCCUUGUCUUCGUUGUCCGCAUCAAGGGUAUCAACAAGAUUGAUCCCAAGAAGCGGAAGACGCUGCAACUGCUGCGUCUCCUUCAAAUCAACUCCGGAGUAUUCGUGCAGUUGACCAAGGCCACUUCCGAGAUGCUUAAGAUCGUCGAGCCCUUUGUUGCCUACGGCUACCCGAACCUGAAGACGGUGCGCGAACUCAUCUACAAGAGGGGGCACAUCAAGAAGGAGAAGCAGCGCAUCCCCUUGACCGACAACACACUCGUUGAGGAGGUGCUCGGCAAGUACGGCAUCAUCUCAGUGGAGGAUAUCAUCCACGAGAUCUUCACUGUCGGACCGAACUUCAAGCAGGCCUCGAACGCUCUCUGGCCGUUCAAGCUGAGCAACCCCACCGGCGGCUUCCGCACCAGGAAGUUCAAGCACUUCGUCGAGGGCGGUGAUCUUGGCAACCGGGAAGAUCACAUCAAUGCUCUCAUUAAGCAGAUGAACUAG